GAACAUAUCCCUCGUCCCGAUUCACAGAAACCUAUCUCGGCCCGGGCAUCCACAUGCUGGGCUCAUGGAUUACCACUGUUGAAUGAGCAGACUGUUGCGGAUUUGUUCUCAAUUCCCGACACGUGCGCCCCCGAACACAUGACCGGAUGGUCCGCAUUUCUCGAACUCGUCCGGUCGACAGCCCCCGCCUACUCGAUACUGCACACGCUUAGCAUUGCGGUCCUGAACGCCAAUUUCUUCCAUUCCCUGCGCGGCUACCCUCGACCAUUCGGUGCGCAUUUGUUUCCCACAAAAUCCUCACCCUCUCUGGAUUUGCAGCACACAGGCAGUGGUGAUGCUCAGCUUCUGCUGUUGAGCAGUUUAUGUGACCUAGCUAAUCGCGAUUCGCCCAACUACGCUGCUACGACUGCCCUAUUUGAUCAGCUAUCGUUGGACUUGACCCAUUUUGACUAUCUUCUGCUCAAAUUGGACGCUUCCCGACCGGAUGUGGGGGAUACGGAGAGGAAGCCGUUGUUGGCCAGGGUGAAUGAAAAACGGAUUUUGAGUUUUGAGCAACAGUCAGCCCAAACGGAACGCACUGAACACCCGACCGAGGACGCGUCGUCAGGUUCCUCUGACUCCGAAUCUGAUAAUGAAACAGGUCCCAGCGAUCAACCGAUACUGUCAUUGUCCACAACAAUAUCAGCUGAUUUGGACGCUGACGCUGAUCUGACUAGAUCGAGUCAGUCGGAAUGUCCACGUACCCUCUUACGUCAGUGCUGUUAUCGGAUAUUGGUCUGUUUGACCGCAAUCCUUGCGGAAGCCAAUCGACACAGACCGCGUGCCAAACGUCGUGCGACUCGACUGUCUCCAGGUUUCUCAAUCACUAGCCCCGGGGUACAGACGGGUGCCGGCGAAUCGGGAAUGUUGGCCUCCUUACUGCUGGCUACGGUGAAUCCGGUGUUCCAUUGUCUCACGGUGUUUCCCGAUUGGCAUGCUUUGCAUCAGCAAGUGCUAUUGUGUAUCAUCGAGUUGACCAAUUUGUGCCCGGUUGUGUUGUCACAGCGCCUGAUCAACCUCGUACAAUGGACUGCCAAUAACAAGCAAUUCAUGCGUCUGGACAACGUGCACACACUGGCUCUUCUCGGUCGACUGGUCGUGGUUGCUGUGCCCGCUCUGAUCCGAUCGUCCACGGAUCAGACAAAAGCCGGCUUGCAAGUGUUACUCCUGUUCGUUGAUGGAAUGCCCAAUUUGGCCAACCGUUUGCCUCGGCGUCGCCUGGCUUUCUACACCGGACUUGUCCGUGGCCUGGCCCAAGUUACCGGGCCACUGGCGUUAGACUAUGCAUCCCUAGGGCAGUCACGUUCAACUGGCAAAGCCGAUCCGAAAGCGAAGAAAGCCGAACGUCAAAGACAACGCGAGCUGUUUUCCCGGUGGCAAGAGAACUGGGUUGCCAGUUGGCUUUGGACGAUGUCGUUGGUGUUUUUGAAUCGCAAUUGGACGGACGAAUCCGCCGCAAAUGACGUCGUACCGCUUUUGAUCAAUCUACAUGGACAGUUCACUUGGGAUACGCAGGUCUCUGCCUGGUACGAGUGUCUCGCAUUCCUGUCCUGGUUGUACAAAAACGCGGGCAAUUCCAUCGUAGCAGAAAGUGAACAAUCUAUUCGAUCGAAAAGAUGUCACACUGGAACUCCAAACAAAAAACCGGAAUUGGUCGAUACUGAGAUUGCUCCCCCAAUCAAACGAAGACGCACAACAUCCAAUUCGAAAUCAUCCGGCGACAUUGCAGAACCAGAUGUUAAAGAGUUACCUGAGCUGAUCUGCCCGGCCAAUUUCAACUCACCGCACAUCACCCAAUCCUUGCUUUCGAUUCUCUUUCACUCUGGCCUGGAGCCCGAUUUGGUUUCGAAUUCCUCUGGACCAACUCUAACUUCGGCCAGCACAUGGGCUUUGACCGGUCGUGCAGUCCAAUUGCUGACCACUCUACUCGCCGAUCCUGUGUACAUGGAUAAAAUCCAACAGGCAGCCAGUGACCCACUCGGUUUGGGUGCUGUUUACGGUCGAUUGGUGGAACAAUCGGUUCAACUUAUGAUCGGCGCGGCUGCCACUUUAACAAAACAGAAGUCCAGCGCAUCGAAAGCCACCUCCACUCCUGAGGAUUCAACCUCGAUACUAGCUGACGGUGCUAAAGAGACUCUUUCUGGUCUACAGAAGGUUCUAAUCCAGAUACACGAUUCUGUGACCGGUUCGAUCUUUGUUCGCAUGAUUUCCGACCUGUUCGAUACGGUGGAUCGGGGUUUGCGACGCAAAGCACUCGAACUGCUGGCUGCAAAACUCACAAGCUUGGUGGUGAACUGUCCUCCGAUGCCCAUUUUGGACAGCAAGAAUCCGAACGCACUCAGUCAGAAGAUAUUGUGCCGAGGAAAAUUACCGAAACGUCAGCCCAAACCGGGGUUGGAUUUGGUACUGGAGGCUGGUCUGGUUCAGUUCACUGCCCAGUUGGCUUCGCACUACAAAUUAUCCGAAUCGGACGGGACAAAAUCGAUCACGGAAUCAGGUGAUACGGGGAAAACGACAACUGGACUGUUCAGUUCCUCGUUUUCUCGCCAGAGUUUAGCUUGUCUGCGUGAUUUGGCCAAGUUGCUUGCCGAUCGAUAUCCGGGUGAAUUUUCUCGGACUAUGGAUAUUCUUAUUUCUCAUCCAACGGCCUGGUGGCCUGUGCUUCCGCCAAGCACGGAGCACAAGGCUCUGGAUUUACGGCUUUCCGAAAUUCGUGGGUCCGGAUUCGCCGAGGCCCGAUCGCUGGUUUGCCUGUUUUUCGUGGAGUGCUUGCAACGACUGCCAUGGCAAUCCAUGUGUCCGGAGGCGAGCGCAACCACACAACGCCUGCGGUAUCUGGUUCGAUUUGCUUUAGACCAUGUGAUUACCAGCUGUCAACUGGAUACCAUGCCCAGUCUCACACUGGCCUCAUUGUCAAACAUCCAGAUGGCUGCCUUAGUGUCCGGAUCCGUACACUCGCGAGACCAGCACUUACAGGCUGGUCUUACUCUGUUGUGCAAUUUGAUGGAACUAGCGGUCGUGCAUGGUCUUGUGCAAUCCAACUCGACCACACUUCCUUCCUCCGUCAUCUCGUCAUCCGGUGCACGCAUCUCCUGGCUCGAUCUGGACCAAUCGGACCAAUCCACGGUUGCUCCGGGCAGUUUAACCUCCUCUUACCAGUUGCCCCAGUUCAUUUUCCGGCUUAGUCAGAUUGAUUUGGCCUCAGCCACCGGCGCCAAUCCGGAGCGUUCAAGCUCGACCCUGCGCCAGGUACAAGAGCUGAACAAACGAAUGCGGAUUCUUCUCCCCCAUUUGGCGGAGGUGCAUUCCACUCUGUCUUGUGUGAUACGUAUCGCUCAAUUCGCUCAGACCAAUACAGAUCUAACCCUGAUUCACGGUUGUCUGAUGUUUGCCCGGGAAUUCGCCGAGUCGAUCUGCGCUGCUGCAGAGAGCGCGAAACCAGGCGCAUUGAGCUGUGCUCAAUUGCGACACGAGCUGAUUCAGUAUGGUGUCACUCAACCGGAUCAGCUUUACAACGUCCUAGUAUCUCUGUUGGAAACAUGUGAAUAUGUCCUCCCGCACUUGUCCGACCCGGUUCCGUUGCUUGCAGAUUUGCACACCUCUGUUGGCGCUUUGAUUGCAGUGCUACCAUUGGACAGUAUUGUACGGUUCUUACAACGUCUUCUGGAUUGGACAACUUCUCCGGUCUCUCCACGUGACACUGUGUUACGAUUGACUGCUUUGUUCCACAUUCUUUCCGACUUGCACGCUCGACUGAAAGCGGAAGACUUUGUGGAGUUGAGCAGACAGCUCUCUCUGGUUGACUACCUGGUUGUUGCAUUUACAGUGGCUGUCGGACAGAAACGAAAAACGGUUCUCAAACUGUCUACUCGUUUGAAUCUGAAGAAGUGUUUCGAGUUGUAUGUGACCGGGACGGAAUCAGAUGGACUGAAACUGGCCCAAGCCGCUUUGACUUGUGCGCAACGGUGGCUGAGUGCGGAACAUGAGAGCAACAUGUGCUUGGAUGUGGCUUCCAGCGGUGGUUCAGUUCUGGAAUUCCCGAUCAGUUUAAUCGCCCUUUUAGAUACUAAUGCAUCGUCUUCCAAUCAUUUGCCCCCAUUAACCGAAGAGCAGCUUGUUCCCACUCUGAACGCUUUCAUCGAAGCCGCAUCCGGAGACGAGGCUCUUUUACGUCCAAUGGGCUGUGCAUUGUCUACUCGCAUCUUGCAUUCCACUCACUGGCGUACUCGGCUGUCUGCUAUUCGUAUGCUACAAAAGUCGUUCGAUUAUCUAACCUCGGGCGACCAGUCUAGUCCCGACACUGCCCAACACACUGGCGUGGCUGGUUGUUUGGUCUCUGAUACUCUGUCCGCUUUGUCUGAGGCUUUAGAAGAUGAUCAUCCGGAGGUGGAGGCUGCAGCUAAUCGGUUGUUCGCAGAGCUCGAGCGAAGUGGGCUGACUGGAAAUUCAAAACGGACAGCGAUGUAG